AUGAGAUUAAUAUUCUUACUACUAUCGUUUUAUAUUUCAAGAGUAUUUAGUAUACAGUUUAAACUUGCUAAUUCAUCACUCAUUACAAAUUCUUCAUCUUCAUCAAUUCAACAAAAUCCAAAUUUAACAAAUUUUCAAUAUAAAGGUGUUUCAAUUGGAGGUUGGCUAGUUUUAGAGCCUUAUAUCACGCCAGCACUAUUUAAUAAAUCAUUAGAAUCUAAUGAAACUGCAAAAGAUUUGCCAGUCGAUGAAUUUCACUUUUGUAAAAAAUUGGGUCUUGAAAAGGCAAAAGAGUUAUUGACCGAACAUUGGGAAACAUGGUAUAAUGAAACAGAUUUUAAGAAUAUCAAAGAGGUAGGUUUGAAUUUGAUUAGAAUACCAAUUGGAUAUUGGGCUUUUGAAAAGCUAGAGGAUGAUCCUUAUGUACAAGGUCAAGUUGAAUACUUAGAUAGAGCCAUUGAAUGGUCUAAGAAGUAUGGUUUAUACGUGUUGAUAGACAUGCAUGGAGCUCCAAACACUCAAAAUGGUUUUGACAAUUCUGGUUUAAGAAAUAUUGGGUAUCCUGGUUGGCAAAAUAAUACGAAAUAUAUAGAUCAUACGUACAAAGUGUUAAAUCAGAUAUAUUUAAGAUAUGGUACCAGUGAAUAUAAUGAUACAAUCAUAGGGAUUGAAGUUUUAAAUGAACCUUUUGGUCCAAGCUUAAACAUGAAUAAGUUGAAAGAAUUUUAUAUUGAAACUUAUAAUGAUGCUAGAAAUUUGCAACAGGUAAAUAAUACAAUCUUUUUACAAGAAGCAUUUCAGCCAAUUGAUUAUUGGGGUGUUUUUUUAGAAUAUGGAAAUGUGACAAUUACUCUAAAUAAUACAAAUAUGACAAAACUGGCAGAUUUCGAGAAUGUAAUUAUUGAUCAUCAUCAUUAUGAAGUAUUUGCAGGUUCAGUUACCCAGAAUUUAUCCACACAUCUAGAGAAUGUAAAGAACUAUGCUGAGUCAAUUGGUAGAGAAAAUUUUGGUGCUAUAAUUGGAGAAUGGUCAGCUGCAUUAACUGAUUGUGCAUAUUGGGUCAAUGGUAUUGGAUUAGGUAAUAGAUAUGAAGCUACCAAACCGUAUACAGACUUUAAUAAAACUGGUAGUUGUAAAGAAGUAAACCAAGCACCUGAACAUUGGUCAAAAGAAAUGAAGAAAGAUUAUAGAACAUUUAUUGAAAUGCAAUUAUAUCAAUACUCAAAUCAAUCUAGAGGAUACAUCUUUUGGUGCUGGAAAAUUGAUCAAAAUAAUACUGAAUGGGAUUUCCAAAGAUUAGUUAAACAUGAUAUGGUUCCACAACCAUUAGAUAAAUAUAAAUAUCUUGAUAAAAAUGGUAAGGUUAAUCAAUCUAGUAUCUUAAGAAUCACGACAAGCUUAGUUGUACUACAAAUACUCAUAUAUACAUUCAUUUUAUAG